CAGAAAUGCAAAAAGACAUAUCACUUCAUUCGUGGAUUAGAUAUGACUAGUAAUAGUCCUAAGAGUAUACGCCAUCUCUUAUAUUCUCUCGGCGAGUUUGUAGAUCUCUCACAUGCUGAAGACCAACCAAACGCUGCCGGCUACCGAAUACAAUGGUACAUGCCUGAUUGGGAGAAUGGACAAAGACACGAUGUGGGGGAUGUAACCAUUUCGAAGGCAAUACCGAAUAGGCAAAAUGGGAUAGAGGUCCUCACGGAGACAAUAGACGCCCAAGAUACCUAGGUGGGUAAUGCAUAGGUAGGUAAGUUAGGACCCAUAUACCUAUAGGUAUCUAUCCGGGACUUUAGCACUUCCCUAUAGUUUUUUCAAGAUGAGCGAGACAUAUGUCACUGAGACAAUCCAUGGGGAGAUCGUCAAAGAUGGUCCUAUACAGGGCGUCAACGUCGACAUCAAGAGACUCCGCGAAGCCAUUCCCGCUCAUUGUUUUCAACCUACUAUCGCUCGGUCUCUUAGUUAUGUUAUUUCAGACCUCAUCGUUUGGGGCAGCCUGCUUGCCGGUACCCUAUGGCUAGAGCCCCAGCUUGAGUUUUGGCCAAGCCGCCUUCUCCGCUUCGUCGUGUAUCCUUUCCUCGCCGGCCUCCCUCUUACUGGCGUUUGGGUAGUUGGACACGAAUGUGGCCACGGAGCCUUCUCGAAAUACAAGUCGGUGAACAAUUUUGUCGGCUUCCUCGCCCAUUCUUUCCUCCUAUCCCCCUACUUUGCUUGGCAGUCGUCACACGGGAGACAUCAUCAAUAUGCGAACAACAUGUCGACUGACCUAAAUUACGUACCAUUUUCCAAAAUCGAAUACAAGGAAUCGUUCCGUAAGAAGGUCGACCUAGAACACAUGGCAGAAGAUGCUCCUGUAGUGGUCUUUCUUCGAAUCGUACUCCAACAAAUUCUUGGUUGGCCUUGGUACCUCCUGACACAUAUCACAGCCGGCCCCAACAGUUCUCCAAGAAAGUCUAGAGGAUGGUGGGACAAUAGCCACUUCCUACCAACUAGCUCCUUGUUUCGUCCCUCCGAAGGCUUGAAUAUUGUCCUGUCAGAUCUUGGUAUCCUUGGAAUGAGCUACGUUCUCUAUCUGGCCGGAGAGAAAUAUGGAUCGUGGAAUGUUGUUUGGGGAUACGUUUUGCCAUGGAUGUGGGUGAACCACUGGAUUGUGAUGAUUACCUACCUUCAUCAUACAUCGCCUGACCUACCCAAAUAUAACCCCGAAAGCUGGACGUAUCUUCGAGGAGCUCUUGCUACGGUCGAUAGAGAUCCCGGAGUUGUUUUGAAAUACAUGCUGCAUCACAUCAUUGAUCUCCAUGUGAUUCACCAUCUAUUCCCUCGUAUCCCGCAUUACUACGCCCAGGACGCCACCGACGCAAUCAAGCCAUUGCUUGGACCCCUUUACCACGUCGACAAACAGAAUUAUUGGCAGGCUCUCUGGGAUGCAUUUGUUAUGUGUCAAUGGGUUGAGCCCGACCCUGAGAAGACUCGACAAGCGAGAAUCGAUGCGGGUGAAGUUGCUGAUGCUGCAGCCGCUGCUUCCGAUGAGAAAGGGGUACUAUGGUAUCGUUCCGGAAGGAUUCCACGGGUUGUUACAGUGAUGCGCGGCUCUUAAACACACCCAUACCUACACACACAUACUUAUGUGUGUGUGUGACAAUAACCGUUCGAAACGUUUAUGACAAGGACACAGCGUUGAACCUCGACAAGCCUUAUCGGUAUUAUGACAAGAAUACGCAUUGUUAAUAAUGAUGAUCAAGUUUAUGCCUCCCAUUAGCAACCCUUUUCAAAGCACUUCAUCAGAUGUUCGAUUCAAGGCACAAUGUAACCCAACGUCGCAUUCUAGCUAGAAAUCU